AGCUUCGUGAAGGUAUGACAUGUUCGAGCGAUCAGUUCUCCAGCAAUUGUUCCACGAGAAAGAUAUAAUGUAUACCAAAUGUUUUCUUCUUCUAAAACUUGUUUUACUCGCGAUCACGUCGCCAAUACACGAUGACAGUACAAUCGGAAGAGUCGCGCUGCCAUACGCAAGCAACGUUUCGACAAUUUUUCCCGCUAUGAUAUCUAAGAGGGCAACGGACCGAUCACCAGACGGAAGUCGAAUAGAUUUUCAGAUAAGGAAUCAUCAGGGACCAGGAACAUAUAUAUUUGGUUUUGAUACCGGACACGGAAAAAAUCGACAGUACAAAAUGGAAGAACGCCGUCGGGACGGAAGUGUCAAGGGUCGAUAUGGUUUUUACGAUGCGAAGGGGAAACUCAGAGUCGUCAGCUACAUUGCGGGCCCCGCUGGCGGUUAUCAAGAACGUCAUCAUGAAACCAUCGCUUAUAAACCUGAAACUUAACGUAUCUCUCUCUCCCUCUUUCUUUCUCUCAGGUACUUUCCUAUCAAAUGAAAUUAACGAUUCGUGUAUAGAUAUCAGCUAUUUUGCACUCAUUAAAAAACACCAAUUACUGAAAUAGGUUUUAAAUUAUGCGGACAUGUGAUACUUGACAAAUAUACGUUGGUGUAGCGACAAUUUCACUUGUACAAUGUCAGGUUUUAAAAGUGAAGGGUUAUUUUUAAUAACGUAUAUAAUUGAUUUCAAAAUUUACUCGAAUGGACACAGUAUUGUAUGUGCAUGUUUUUAAAUUUACUGUUCGCAGUAUUAUACUUUUCAAAGACUUUGAACAGCCUUGAGUUCCGCAUUUCGCUUCUCCAGUGUGCAAUUUGUUGAAGUUAUCGUUAGACACGUUACCACGUCAUUCUCCCCUAAUACGAUGUACUUGGCGCGUAACUUAAUAGUAGAACGUCCAAGUACGAAUUGCCGAACAUCUUGACUUUCUGUGUUCCACUUUAAAAUGCACUCGUCGAUAAAAUAACAAGCGAUCGCUGUUCUCAAUUUUAACUCAGCAAGGAUGUGGCAGAAUAUUACGGGAUACACAUAUACCUGACUUACAAUUUAACGCUACUACAAGUUCUUUUCACGAGUGUCAAAAAACAAC